GCCGAGGCGAGCGUGACGCUUUCGGGCUGGGAUUCCUGCGCCCGACCUUCUUGCAAACGAUCGUGCUCAUUCUCGCGUGAGUUUUGAAAAGUAACGUUUGAUACGACGUGACAUUUUAAAGGAGGGAAGUCGCGGAUCGGAGGAAGGUCGGCGAUCUGCGAUUGACUUGUACGCCUGGAGAGAGAGAGAGCGAGAGAGCGAGAGAGAGAGGGGGGGGAGAGAGGGAGAGAGAGGAGAGCAGAAGUUUCCUGCUGGAUGACAACUCGCGCACCCACAGCUCCGGAAGACGUCAAAGGCUGCAGGUCAUUACUUCUUUUUUUUUUUGGUCCUCUCUCACUUUUGAUAGAUUCUAGAACCAUGUGUGCGUUGAGUGCUCGGGAACACGAGUGCGGCCAAGUUCUGGUGCGGUUCUAGUGUUGUCGGGCUCUCGAGGAGCAGAGGAGGAGAGGGGAGGGGGCGGGGGUGCAGGACAAUAAGGAUGACUUUAGGGACGGAUAUGUCCGACAGCUCUGCAUUGUCCGAUGAUGUGGACAUUGACGUGGUCGGGGUCGGGAAGGACGGAAAGUACGCGCAGCACGACUUCAACCUGGACUCCGAUGAUAAUUACUCCCAGAACGCCGAGGAAGGGGCGUCCUCGCCGGGCCUGAGCAGCUCCGACUGCCCGGCGGAGCAGACGGGGGCCGGCGCCGUCACGGUGGCGGGCGACAAAGCGAGGAAAAGCGCCCUGGUGAAGCCGCCCUACUCCUACAUCGCGCUCAUCACCAUGGCCAUCCUGCAGAGCCCCAAGAAGCGCCUCACCCUCAGCGAGAUCUGCGAGUUCAUCAGCAACAGGUUCCCCUACUACCGCGAGAAGUUCCCCGCCUGGCAGAACUCCAUCCGGCACAACCUCUCCCUCAACGACUGCUUCGUGAAAAUCCCACGGGAGCCCGGCAACCCCGGCAAGGGCAACUACUGGACGCUGGACCCGGAUUCGGCGGACAUGUUCGACAACGGGAGCUUCUUGCGCAGGAGGAAGCGCUUCAAGAGGAACCAGGGCAACGAGAUCCUGCGGGACGCCGGAGGCUUUCUCCCCGGGUUCGGAUACAACCCGUACGGAUACAGCUACGGACUCCAGCUGCAGAACUUCCACGCCGCGCACAACCCGUACCACCCGCACCACCACCCCCACACGGGGGGCUCCUUCCCGUUCCCUAACGUGCCGUGCACCUUGCCCUCGCCCAUCUUCCCCGCGGCGCCCCCUCCCUUGCCCAUGGGCGCCGACUUGAGGAAGCCCUUCUACCCGUCCUUGGCACCUCUCAAGACGGACUCGAGCGCCCCGAGCCGGCCCUCGUUCUCCAUCGACAACAUCAUCGGCGCGGCGGCCAACUCCACCGCGUCGUCGUACGGCGCGCAGCCGGGCGGCCAGGCGCACAUCCUGGCCAUGCUCAGCCCGGCCCUGGCCUCCGCUUCCAACCACUUGAGCCUGUCGCAAGACUUAUUACAGCCCGGGACGCACGGGCAGACCUUUGCCAGCAAAAACUUGAACACUUGCCCUUUCUAAAAAACAAACAAACAAACAAACAAACAAACAAAAAACAAAACAAAAAAAAACACCCCAAAAAACAAAAAGCAUUUUAAAAAAAAAACGCC